GAAAAGAGGGAGCGAAACAUGAGAGGCUGGGUGAGAAGCUGCAGCCGCCGGCAGAGGAGACCUCAGCAUCCUCACGAGCACCGCCGCCGCCGCCGCCGCUCCGGGUCCGGCUACCGUGUCACCUAAGCCAGCCCCGCGCCACCGCCAGGGCGUCCUCCGGGCCCGGCCGCGCCUCUCUCUUCUCGCUCGCUCGUCCGCUUCCAACUCUGCUCACCUCCCCGCGGCCGCAGCCGCGCGCGCCCCGCAGCCCACUGACACGGGCCCCGCUGUAGACAGUGUCCCCCCGCCAGCCCUGUCCCCCGCCCCGGGCUUCCCCCGAAGGCACCGGAGCCCUCGCCCGGCCUCGGCUGCAAACUUGCAGCGCUCCCCAGCUCGGCGCCGCUGCCAACGCCUCCCUCUGCGUCCCGAGGGUCCCGCCGGGGUUGCGCCCGAGCGCCCCCACCCCAGCCCCGACCAAGUGAACCCCCAGCCCCAGCCCGCGCCCCCGGGAACCCCGAGCCAGCCUUCCCGGCCGACGAUGCUGAAGAUGCUGUCCUUCAAGCUGCUGCUGCUGGCCGUGGCGCUGGGCUUCUUCGAAGGAGAUGCUAAGUUUGGGGAGCGAGGCGAGGCGAGCGCGGCGCGGCGGAGAAGGUGCCUGAACGGGAACCCCCCGAGGCGCCUCAAGAGGCGAGACCGGCGGCUCCUGUCCCAGCUGGAGGUGCUGAGCGGAGGGGAGGUGCUAUGCGGGGGCUUCUACCCGCGACUGUCCUGCUGCCCGCGGAGUGACAGCCCGGGGCUGGGCCGCCAGGAUCAGCAGCAGAUCCUGUCUGUCACCAACAGCACGGAAUGUGGGAAGUUACUGGAGGAGAUCAAAUGUGCGCUUUGCUCUCCCAAUUCUCAGAGCCUCUUCCACUCACCUGACAGGGAAGUUCUGGAACGAGACCUAGUACUUCCCCUGCUCUGUAAGGAUUAUUGCAAAGAAUUCUUUUACACUUGCCGUGGCCAUCUUCCAGGUUUCCUUCAAACAACUGCUGAUGAGUUUUGCUUUUACUAUGCAAGAAAAGAUGGUGGGUUAUGCUUUCCAGAUUUUCCAAGGAAGCAAAUCAGAGGACCGGCGUCUAACUACUUGGACCAGAUGGAAGAAUAUGACAAAGUGGAAGAGAUUAGCAGAAAGCACAAACACAACUGCUUCUGUCUUCAGGAGGUGGUGAGUGGCCUGCGACAGCCUGUGGGUGCCCUCCACAGUGGGGAUGGCUCCCAGCGGCUCUUCAUUCUGGAGAAAGAAGGUUACGUGAAGAUCCUUAGCCCCGAAGGAGAAAUGUUCAAGGAGCCUUAUUUGGACAUUCACAAACUUGUUCAGAGUGGAAUAAAGGGAGGAGAUGAAAGAGGACUGCUAAGCCUUGCAUUCCAUCCCAAUUACAAGAAAAAUGGAAAGCUGUAUGUGUCUUACACUACCAACCAGGAGCGCUGGGCCAUCGGGCCCCACGACCACAUCCUCCGGGUUGUGGAAUAUACAGUGUCCAGGAAGAAUCCCCACCAAGUGGAUGUGAGGACGGCCAGAGUGUUUCUGGAAGUAGCAGAACUGCACAGGAAGCAUCUGGGAGGACAGCUGUUGUUUGGGCCCGAUGGCUUUUUGUACAUCAUUCUCGGCGAUGGGAUGAUCACACUGGAUGAUAUGGAAGAGAUGGAUGGGUUAAGUGACUUCACAGGUUCCGUGCUGCGGCUGGACGUGGAUGCAGACGUGUGUACGGUGCCUUACUCCAUCCCCACAAGCAACCCGCACUUCAACAGCACCAACCAGCCCCCCGAGGUGUUCGCGCACGGCCUGCACGAUCCAGGCAGAUGUGCUGUGGACCGACACCCUCCUGAUAUAAACAACAAUUUAACUAUAUUGUGUUCAGAUUCCAAUGGAAAGAACAGAUCGUCAACCAGAAUCCUACAGAUCAUAAAAGGGAAAGAUUAUGAAAGUGAGCCAUCGCUUUUAGAAUUCAAGCCAUUCAGUAAUGGCCCUUUGGUUGGUGGGUUUGUUUACCGAGGCUGCCAGUCUGAAAGGCUGUACGGAAGCUAUGUGUUCGGAGAUCGAAAUGGGAAUUUCUUGACUCUCCAGCAAAGUCCUGUGAGCAAGCAGUGGCAAGAAAAGCCACUUUGUCUUGGCAGCAGUGGUUCCUGUCGAGGUCACCUUUCGGGCCAUAUAUUGGGAUUUGGAGAAGAUGAAUUAGGUGAAGUUUACAUCCUAUCAAGUAGUAAGAGUAUGACCCAGACACAUAAUGGAAAGCUGUACAAAUUCAUAGAUCCCAAAAGACCUGUCCUUCCCGAGGAAUGCAGAGCCCCGGUCCAGCCUGCACAGACGCUGACCUCCGAGUGUGCCCGGCUCUGUCGGAACGGCUACUGUACCCCCACGGGCCAGUGCUGCUGCAGCCCCGGCUGGGAAGGGGACUUCUGCAGAAUCCCAAAAUGUGAGCCCGCCUGCCGGCAUGGAGGCGUCUGCGUCAGACCCAACAAGUGUCUCUGCAAGAAAGGCUACCUGGGCUCUCAGUGCGAGCACGUGGACAGGAGCAUCCGCAGAGUGACCCGGGCAGGUAUUCUUGACCAGAUCAUUGACAUGACAUCUUAUUUGCUGGAUCUAACAAGUUACAUUGUAUAGUUCCUGGGACUGUGUGACUAUUUCGAUGGGCAUUUCUUUUCUCUCCUAUCAUUAAAAAGAAAGACUGUUAUCCCGCUCCACACUCCUGUGAUUUCAUUUUCUUCUAUUAAUUUAAAAAAAAAUGAUUUCCAGAUAUGUGUAGAUCCUGUGUGUGUACGGAGGUCACGUCUGCUCGAAUAGGCACGUCCACACACACACUCACUACCCCUGUCACACGUGGGUUGCAUAGCAGAUGGGUGUUUAAGAAUAUUUUUUUUUCCAUGUGCGGAGUAAUUUACACAGAAAUUCCAUUGUAAAUUGAUAACGGAAUUUUUAUGUCACCAGAAGAGAUGAUUUGAUUUCCCAGGAAUUUUCUGUCUGUAAUAACUCCAGUCAACUUUAAUGGAGUUUGGAAAUGUUACUGUGCAAAUCGGAUGGCUCAAAUAAAAAAACAAAAAUGUUAUUUUCCUAUCGAGGAACUAUAAUCUGAGGGAGCAUUUUCAGAACUCCCUGCUGAAUUUCUAAAUGGGCAACACUGAUUUAAAAUUGUAAUCUACAUUUUUAUCGAUGUAUCCAAUUACAGAAUGUUAUGUGCUUGCCUUUUUUAUUGGCUGAGAAACCUGGUUGCUCUCUUAUUCUCAGAUUGUUGAAACGUGUUUAAUAAUUGAAUCAUAACAGCAUAUCCUAGAACCAGUCUCCCUAAAAGGUCUGCUUUUAUUGUAUAUUUUAUUUAACAAUAGGCACUGGGUUUGUGUUACAUAUUUAUAUUUUUUAUUUUAUUUUUAUAAUAUAGACAUCACCUACAUGAAACACCUUUACCCUCUCCUGUAAAAUACUAAAGUUACAUUUUUCACCAACUUAAUUGGAAAGAAGGGGAGUGAGAAAGCAAACAGGCUUUACUGUGCUGUGGAGUUAAUCUAGCCAUGUACCCUUGUACCAACAUGUAAUCAUUCCCGACGGAGGAAAAAGCAAGAAAACAGCCAAUCCCUAUAAAAUUUCAGCAUUAAACAUUUGUAAAGUGCUUUUCACGAGAGCCAGACUGUCAGAGUAUAUGUGAUUAGAAUGUUGCAGAUGUCCGUGAAUCAGACCUCACUGAAGAGCUCAUGCAUGUUUAACAAAUCGUGGUUAUGUAAGCGGUCGCUUGUACCAAUUUUUAAUAUAACGCUUCUGUCCCAAACUGACUUCUAAUGUAUAUGUUCCUUCCAAAUGCCAUGAACGUUGUCUUCUGUUUACUGUAUGAAUAAAUUUCUGUAACUGUUCUGUUAAGCCUUUGAAAGGAAUGCUCAAACUUCAAGCUGCUAAAGGUCUGGUAGACAUUUCUCCCGUGGUGUGUGAGGUCAGCUCUCCGCGUUUGGAUUAGAACAAAACCCUGUUUUCUUUACACUACUGAAAAAGAAGCAUCUCCUCACGCACUCCCUCUAGGUGGCCCUUUCGCAAACACCUGUUCCUCCAAAAUCUAAAUUAUAGAGGAGUAUGGAUUCUGUCCCACAGCACACACUCGCUUUCCAAACCUGCUCCUUACCUUGGGGGACAUCUGAGCCUCGGUUACAAAACAGAAAAGAAAGUCUCUAGUCAAUAGAAUUUCUCUAUUGUUUGAAAGCAAGAGAUUUUUGUCAGUAAAGCCUAGCGAGCAUUUACAGAGAGACCACAAUGGAGAGAGGUUGGUUAAGUACACUGCUCCUGUCUUCCAUAUAUGAUUACUUAAGUUUCAAGUGACCUCAUGCCAAAUGGAAACGGGUUGAGAAAUCUUGGUUCAGUGCUUAGUGAACAAUAGCCUGCAUUAAAAAGUGCAUGCAUAAUUUUGCACGAUUUAGAUUCAAUUGACAGUCUAUUCAAAGAAGUCUCAGGAUUAAAUGAGCAUGGAGACCAAAUUGCCCUCUUACCCCAGAAAAGGGGUGGUCCCGGCCAGCCACACUAACACUUCAUUGGCCCAACAGUGUGACAAAUCUUGGAAUGAACCCUGCAGUAGCCCGCAUCUGUAGGUUAAUAGCAGUCUUUUGUCCCCCUUGCUUUCUCUUCAUAGCCCUUUUACUGAAUUCCAUCACAGAAAGUUUUACAAUUAAAAAAAAAAUGUCCUGACAACCAUUUUUGUAAAUGGACCUUACCAUCUAAUUGUUCCUUAUUCAACGUGGGUGACAUUAACAAAAUGUGAACUUCUUGUGAGGGAACCAGCUGUCCAAAUCUGUCAAAUUGUGCAGUUUUAUUACACAUUCCCCUGUUCAUCGUUUUUCCUGAAGACAAUAAGGAUUACUGCGAUAUAUUCAGGAAAAUCUGAAAAUUCCAGCGUUUCUGCUUACAUCCUAAAUCUUUCUAUUCCUUACAGAAGAAUCUUUCCCAAAGGAAAGGUGUUAUGUUCAUUCUUCGAUUUUAAAAUAUCUAUAUGAACUUGAUCAGGCUCAAAUAUUCCAUGCAGACCUUUCACAAGGAAAAGGGUCUCAAAUAAGUUAGAAAAAAGUACAGACUAGGUGUCACUUCCUUUCCCGCUGGGAGCCAUUAGACUAAAUGACCAGAUUCUUCUGCAGAGAAGGUGUCGAGACCAUCAGUUAUGAAGCGCCUGCAAAGGAGGGAAAGUCAUUAGGGUCACUUCUUUCUCCUCUUAAGAGACAAUUGCAAUGGCACACUGGUACUUCCAUGUUGUAAGUACACUGGCCAUUUCAAACAAAAAGGAGCAUUUUUUUUUCAAGUAUACAUUGAAAAUAUGUGAGUGGGGGAUUAUCUGAAAUGUUGCCUGAUGAGACAGGUAAGAACUAGUUAAAACAAAUGAGUUAGGGAAGGGUACAUCGGGUCAGGCAGCUCCCUGGCAUCCCGUAUGGUCCCCACACACCAACAGGAGUGAUGCCCGAGUGCAGUGCCAGGAGUAAUCCCUGAGCAACACCCGGUACAGCCCCAGAGCCGAAAACAAACAAGCGAGUUAGGGAAAAGUUACUGCUCCAUCACACCGCAGGCAACAGGAUUCAGUUUACAAAGCGCAUAGUCAAAAUGACAUGGUCAGAUUGCAGACUGUGAGGGAAAGGAACUCAAGAAUGAGAUAGUUAUGUGUGCGUUAGCAUCCCUUUGUCUAGACUAAAUUUCAAACCUGGGUGGUGGUAGGGAUCGAUUCAGUGUGAAAGGUGACUGCAGUAGUUAAGAAGCGUUGUUGGAAAGGAACUUUCUACCACCAUAUCUGCCUAAACACUUGCCCUGCUUCAUAGGACUGCCUUUUCUUGGCAGUUAUUCAAGGUUAUAAAGAGAGAAGAGCAUUGACACAUCAUUAGUAAGGAAGGGGGAAGAGUUUUGGGGCUGGAGUAAUAGUAUAGUGGGUAGGGUGCCUGCUUUGCAUGCAGUCAAUCCAGAUUUGCUCUCUGGCACCCAUAUGGUCCCCCAACCCCCUCCAGGAGUGAUCCCUGAGGGCAGAGCCGGGAGUAAGCCCUGAGCACUGCUGGGCGUGAUCCUCUAUUUCCCCCGAAAAAGAAGGGAAGAUUAGCCAAACUUGACUGCUGGUAAAAGUUCUUCUACCCCUAUCUUUUCUUCUAGAGAUUUUGUUUCAAUUUGUUCUAUAGUAAAAUACAUCUUUUUUUAAUCACAUAGAAUAUUCAAAUUGUUCUCAAAAUUAGUGGACUACCUUUUUAAGAGUAAAGACACCUACAAAUAUACAAUAGUAUUUACAAAACUUAAAUAAAAUAUAUCCUAUUUCAUUCCUAUAAUUCAAACCAUUUUCCUCUAUUUCUUUGGAAAACUUGCAUCAUUUACUAACAAUUUUAACUAUAUUUCAUUUUUGCUAUUAUUUUUACUUCUGAAUCAUAAACUAUACAGCAAACCUACUAGGGAAAGAUGUGAGGUUAGAGGCUACACUUGGAGUUUUUAUUAACAUUCUGAUUUAAAUUUUUAUUAGCUGAAUCUUUAAAAUUUGCAUACUAAAGGAGAAAUUAAUCCCAAAAUUUUAAGAGAGAAAAAAAAAAGAUAAGCCAUGGGGAGUUGUAGUUGGGUGAUCAAUAAAUUAGUUUCUGGACAUCUCUAGAAUGUUAUCUGGAUAUCUCUCUUUUGUUAUCUGGAUCUCCUCUCUCUGACAUCUUUCUCUUCUCUCCCACUUUCGCUGCACACCCAUUUCAUAACUUUUCCCUUCAUUUCUUCCGUCUCUGUUUUUAUUGGUCUGUCUUAGCCAAGUAGACACAUCCUUAGGACUCCUCUCCUGAGCAUGUCCUGAAGUAGAUUGCUGUUGAUUUCACUGGUUAUGAACCUUUUCUUUAUCCUCCUGAAAAAUACCUUCUCUAGGGUCACAAUUACUCAGAUGCUGUACCAUGAUAAUUAGGCAGGAGCACACUUGCCUUCCAUGUCACAAUCACUUGAAGAAGUGACCCAGAGCUUACACAAAUGUCUUCACCUGCUGUUCUCUUAGAGAUGCUGGAAACACACAAAGGUGCUUACAUAGGAGCGUUACUACCUAUGUCCUGUUCAAGCAACAACAUUUCUAUGGAAUCUAUUUGGAAGCUGACUGUGGCAAAUUUAUGAGGAAAAAAAAAUGUAAUUACUCAGUGGAGAGUUUAGAUCCUUCUUUACCCCCUCCUCUAGGACAAUAUGUAAACUUGCAGAAAAUUCAGAAUAAAAUUCCAUGGAGCCCCCUCGCCACCCCCCCCACCAGUUUCUGGAUUUCUCUAUCCCCCCCACUGGAAGCUGGUAGGCAUAUUGCUGUGAAUGUUGACAUCGGCCAUUCAAAUGUGUCUCUUAUAGAAUAUCCUAAAGAAAUAGAUAGUUUUUCUUUUGUUAUGCCAAUACCAAUUUGUUUUACCUCCAGUAAUUAAUACAAUGUGUAAAAAAAAAAGAGGGAAACCUAAUAACAGCAUUUCAGCAGUUAAACUAUGAACAUAGAACCAGUUAAAUGUUAGUCCUAGCCAACUUCAACGCUUCUUUCAAACAGCCCUUAUAAGUUUUGCAGAUUGCCUUACAUUAACUCCUUGGAAGCAUAAGUGUAUUCAUGAGCAUGUGAGGGUGUGAUCUAGAGACAUACCCUGCUUGGCUCCACCCCAGAGACAUUGUCCCUGGCUACAAUGGAGAGGUCUGUCACUAAUCACAUUAGAUUGCUUUCCCAUAGCCUUUUGUAUAAAUCACAUGUAAAUGGCUUGAAGAAAAUUUAAAAAUGGAUCCUUGCACCAACAUGAACUAAACCUUCAGCCUAAAACUCAAUGUUGCUUUUAGACUAUCCAAUAACUUCAAAAUUAAAAUGCACGGGCCAGAGCAGAAGUCCAGGGGGUUGGGUGUUUGCCUUGCAUAAGGCCAACCUGCGUUUGAUCCCUGGCAUCCCAUACAGCCUCCUGAGCACCUCCAGGAGUAAUUCCUGAGUGUAGAGCCAGGAGUAACCCCUGAAGAUGGCCAGGGGUUAUCUUGUUUUAUCACAAAAACAAGAUGGUCUUGUUUUUGUGGCUCAAAAACAAGACAAAACAAAAUUAAAAUGCUACCAAAUGCAACAUCAAUCCAAAGAUUAUAGUUCAUAUAUAUCACAAAGCCAGACAUCAAUUCAUUAAAGACUUUUUGCUCGUGUAGAUUAUGUGCUAUUAAAUCUAUACACAUAUAUAUCAUAUGUCAUACAUACAUAUACACACAGACUCAAGUAAAUUAGUAUAAGUGUAUGGUGAGUGAUCUCAAUUGACUCUAAUUUUUGUGGUAAAAAAUUUAGCACAUUGUCUAGAGAGAAUAGAACACUAAUAGUGAGGGAGUUCAUGGUAGCCAAAUGUAAUUUUCCCCAGUUGGAAACUAACUCUCUUAUAUUCCUUCAACACCCACUAGCCUCCAGUUUCCUGUCCCAUCAGCAGCACGUGAUGAGGUUGGAAUAGCCUGUGCCCAUACUGUGUGUUGGGUGCUUUCUUACUAAAUGUCCUUAAAAUCUGAAUUAUGAUUUCCUAAAUUUCAUUGCAGAUUAAGUCCUCAUGAUCAUAGGUCCCUGUUUACAAAUGCCCUCACAGGAAAAAUGAAUUGACAACCUCUUGAAAUAUCAGAUAUUUUCCAUUUCUUAAGUGCAGAAGAUACUUUUGACAAGAUUUCACCAAAAGUUUUGUUGCAAGAAGAUAAGAUAACCCAUCUAAAUCUGAUCAAUAAAUUACUGAAUCACUGCAAUUAAUGGGCCUAAGAAAAAUGUGAAAGAAUCCCUUGUGUCUUUCCUGGCUGUCUCUGUGAUGAUUUUGUCCAGUUUUAAAGAGUUCUUAACUUUAUCAUUCUUCUAACACAUUUGAGUUUUCCUCGUUAUUCAUUUUCUUUAGACUCUUAAUCAUUAGGGAAAUUUGUCCAUCCUCUUACAGAAGAUACCAGAACUAAUCCACGCUUAAAUUUCUGUUAUAAGAGGCAGUCUGGCUACGGGAACAAAUAGUAAAAGCAGGUACAGUUGUGAGAGAGCAGAGGAAAUAUCAGUAAUAAUUAGGCUUUCUGUAAGUAUUCUUUUAAAAAAAAUUUCACUGGCUCAGAUAAUUCCUCAGAAUUUCAAUGCAUCUGAAUCAUUUGACCAAAUUAUGGUAAAAUUCAGUUCUUUUUCAUUUGUUAUUCAGCCAGCUAUUAUUUAAUCUAGCAAAUAUUUAUUGAAGUGCCUAGCAUGAUUAUGAAUCAUAGAAAAAGCAAGGAUAUUUACAGUAGGGUCUUGUUUGCCAGUGGCUAUGAUGAACAUAUUUGAAACAAAGGAAUAAUCACACCAGACCAGCUCCCGUUCUGCUCAACUUUAGAACCCAGCAAUAACAGUACAGACGGCAAGUAAAGUACAUCUGUGUGUAUCUGUACGUGUGCACACACCCAUGUAUAUAUAUAUAUUUAUCUAUCUGUACAAACACUACAUAUGUAUACACACUAUCUAUGUAAUAUAUAAUAUAUGUAUAAUGCAUAUAAAUUCUAACAAGUGUAUUUGUGUUAUCUUUAAAAUAGAACAAUUGUAUCUUGAAGUGGUAAAUGCAGAGAAUUCAUUUUUAUUGUUGAUCUGUGGAUUUAAUGAUUUUUAGGUGAACAGGAUGUUUAAGUGUAUAAUUUCUUUUAAUUUAAUAUAUUUAUGUAAAUGCAUGCCUGGAAUUCGGUUAGAUUUGGCUGUGUUUUGUGUCCUUUAACAUGAUCAAAUGUAUUAAACUUUAUCUUCUGAUUUAAUGUA